AAUUCUAAUUUGUGUACGGCCUCAUCCGACUCACCAACCUUAUAUACUCCCAGUGGUCUCCCCCUCGGUCCUCCCACCCGCUGGUCUCUUUCUUGCUGCCUUUAAGGGUCCGUGUCGAGAUGCGUGCUUCUGAGUCCGAUAUGCGUGACGGCUACCAGCAAUCCCGGCUACUCUACGAGCUCUGCGCCCUCCUCCUCGCCGCCCUUCCCCUCUCCCCGGCCGCUCCGGAGGCCGGCGUGCCGGCUCCUGGGUCCCGCGCCGCGAGGCGAGCCCAGGUGUCGCCGGCGGGGUUCGUGGCGUUCCUCCUCGGGGCGUCGCUGGCGAUGAUUCUUUGUGGGUCCGUGACUUUCUUGAUCGGGUUCUUGUUGAUGCCCUUGGUGAUCGGUUUCUUGAUGCUACUAUAUGUCGUGGGCAUCUUCUCCAAUUUGUCCGGCUUGUGGAGGGCGAUCCAUUGUCCGAGAUCCUCCUCGAGCCCUAAGGAAGUAUCAGAUCCUCUCUUUUCCAAGCUUCCGACUAUUUGAACAGUGUGUGGAAACAGAUUACAUCUCCUGUAGUUGUUUGCCAGAUGCGGCAAGUUUUUGCUGGCCAAGAAUACCACUCGAAAUCAAUUCUAGAAUUUGCUCAUCGGGCCAGCUUACUGUCCCUUCUCCCCCCCCCCCCCCCCCCCCCCCCCCCCGCCCUUCAAUACCGUGGAUCUGUAUUGGUCUUUACACUCCACCCGUUCUGUAAAGAUGGCAAGAAACCAUAUGCGAUGGUUUUGUCCUGUUCAUGUGUCUUGCUCAGCAUUUAUUGAGCAGAUUACAUGUACCGACUAUCUCAUGUUUUAGUAAGGUCAUCAUCUCAAUUGCUGAACCCGAACGAAAAGUUUUAAGA